CCUAUAAAGCUAAAUUUGCAAUUUGUUCCUAAAAAGUUGAAUUUACAAUUUGUUCUUAAAAAGUUGAGUUCCCAUUUUUUAUCUAAAAAGUAAAAAUUAACAAUUUUCAAUUUAAAAAAUGAGUUCACAAUAAAAUAAGUGUACUUGUAACAAGUGUGAGGAUAAUAGUGAGUAUUCUGGGAUGCAGUGACAGUGUUGUGUUAAGGGUACUCAAAGAUAGUGGUACGAGUAGUGCGAGCUAACAUCAUGCUCGAAAUAAUUGUGAGUUUCUAUUAGGAGGAUUUUAUAAUACACGAGUCGUGUUUGGAUUAAGGAGAUACUUGAUGGUUUGAGUGAAACUCGAAGACUACCUAAAGUGGAUAUCAAGGAACCUUGGGCUGUCGCCGCAAGUUCGACAGGUGUCAAAAUUACCCAUCCCAAGCAGAUCCCAUCAUGUAUACCCGAAACAGUGAACAGUGUACGCUCUCCGUGAGCCGCAGGAACUUCAAAGCGGUGUUCCGUGAGCGACAGACUAUGCCCUGAACGGUUUUCCGGCGUCUAACAUGCUGGCAGCCCGCGUGUUCUGGAAUGGAAGUCAGUGAGCCAUCGGCAGAGGACGUGAACCGAUCGAUAGGCAGGAUUAGCACGACUAUCGGUAUCGAUCGUCUCUCAGAGUCGCUCAACUCGACCGUACAGAGCACGUUCGAGGUGGUCACCGUGUCCCAGGAACCCUCGCGCGUGAUCUGGACGGUGAUUAAGGGCAUGGUGAUGAUCAGCAUCAUAGUGACGGCUUUGGUCGGCAAUGCUUUGGUGAUCGCCAGCGUCAGACGACACAGGAAGCUGCGUGUGCCGACGAAUCGCUACGUCGUCAGCUUGGCGGCUGCUGAUUUUCUCGUCGCGGUUUGCGCGAUGACGUUUAACGCGUCCGUCGAACUGAUCGGACAUUGGGUCUUCGGCAGAAUCAUGUGCGAUAUGUGGAAUUCGUUGGACGUGUACUUCUCUACUGCCUCUAUAUUGCAUCUGUGCUGUAUUAGCGUGGAUAGGUAUUACGCUAUUGUCAGGCCCUUGGAGUACCCGGCCAUCAUGAGGAGACUCACGGUCACCUGCAUGCUGUGCAGCGCUUGGAUGCUGCCGGCUCUCAUCAGCUUUGUACCCAUAUUCAUGGGCUGGUACACCACCGAUGAGCAUCUUAAGCUUCUCAGGGAGCAUCCUGAGGUGUGCGUGUUCGUGACGAAUCCAUCAUACUCAGUGAUAAGUUCAUCAGUUUCAUUUUGGAUCCCCGGUUUCGUGAUGAUCGUGAUGUACUGCAAGAUCUACAAGGAGGCUGUUCGUCAAAGGGAGGCUCUUAGCCGUGCAUCCAGUAAUACCGUCCUAAAUAGUGUUCACUUGCAUCGUGCAUCCACGUCGAGGCAUCAUUCUAGGGCCUCCCAUCAAUUAUUAUUACACCCGAGCGACGCCAGCGACUUCGGGAGACCUAUUUCUUAUAGGACCGCCGCGGAGCUCAAUGCGGAGAACGGCACUUCGAUACGACAGCCAACGAAGAGCUGGAGAGCCGAGCACAAAGCUGCGAGGACGCUCGGAAUAAUAAUGGGCGCGUUCCUCCUCUGUUGGCUGCCAUUUUUCCUUUGGUACGUAACUACGAGCCUGUGCGGAGAAGCCUGCUACUGUCCAGACACGGUGGUGUCCGUCCUCUUCUGGAUAGGUUACUUCAACAGCGCCCUAAAUCCACUGAUCUACGCGUACUUUAACCGCGACUUCCGCGAGGCCUUCAAGGACACCUUGAAGAGCGCCUUACCCUGCUGUGCCAGUUGUUGGAAAACGCCGUCUCAGUUCGUCUAGCGAGAAAAACCCCCGUGAACAGUUGCGCCGAGCAUGUUUCUUGCGAUCCACGACAGAAGUUGCUUUCGACGAACGGUUAUCUGGAUCCUCGGGGCGUCGAAAAUCGCCCGUUUCUUCCCCCGUUUGUUGCCCGCGAAUUGAUAACCGAAAGGGUGAUAUGGCUGUUUCUCGUUCUGUUUGACGACGUUUGUACCCCGACCUUUGUCUCUUCGUGGAGAGAUGUUGUAAGACUGUUAUUUUGCUUGAUUGUAAGGAUCGCUGUACGUUGCAUUCAUGGAAAUGAUUUCGAAUAAACUCGAACAGCUUCAGA